AUGUUUCCCACAGGUUUCUCUUCCCCCAACCCCCCAGCAGCAGCAGCAGCAGCGGCGGCGGCGGCUCAAGAGGUCAGGCCUGCCACGGAUGGUGGUAGCAGCAGCAGCUCCACCACCACCACCACCAAGAAGAGAAAGCUAAAUAGUAAUAGCAACAGUAGUGAGAGAGAAGACGUUGACUCCAUCUCCUCCUGUUCGUCCCUUCUUUCGAGAAACAGCAGCUCGUCCUUGCCCGCUCUCAUUAUCACGGCCUCCACGGCCUCCUGUUCUUCCUCCUCCACCUCCUCCUCCUCCUCCUCCUCAGGGGUUGCUUCUUCCAACCAUCACCUGCAGAAGAAGCUGCGUUUCGAGGACUCCUUGGAUUUUAUCGGACUGGAUGUGAAGAUGGCGGAGGAGUCUUCCUCUUCGUCCUCCUCGUCGCCGGCGGCCUCUUCGCAGCAGCACCAGCAGCUCAAAAACAAAAGCCUCUUAAUCUCCUCAGUCGCUGUGGGACACCACGCCAAUGGCCUGACCAAAGCUGCCUCCUCCACGGUCUCCAGUUUUGCGAACAGUAAACCUGGGUCAGCCAAGAAGUUAGUGAUCAAGAACUUUAAAGAUAAACCUAAACUGCCUGAAAAUUAUACAGAUGAAACCUGGCAAAAACUGAAAGAAGCUGUAGAAGCGAUUCAGAACAGUACUUCGAUCAAGUACAACUUAGAAGAGCUUUACCAGGCUGUUGAAAAUCUUUGCUCCUACAAAAUUUCUGCGAAUUUGUACAAGCAACUAAGGCAGAUUUGUGAAGACCACAUCAAAGCACAGAUUCAUCAAUUCAGAGAGGAUUCGUUGGACAGUGUUCUUUUUCUUAAGAAAAUAGACAAAUGUUGGCAAGACCACUGUAGACAGAUGAUAAUGAUUAGAAGUAUCUUUUUGUUCCUGGAUCGAACCUACGUUCUCCAAAAUUCAAUGCUGCCAUCCAUUUGGGAUAUGGGUCUCGAAUUGUUUAGGACUCACAUAAUUAGCGACCAGAAGGUCCAGAACAAAACCAUUGAUGGCAUCCUUCUCUUGAUCGAGAGAGAAAGAAACGGCGAGGCUAUCGACCGGAGUCUGCUUCGCAGCCUUCUAAGCAUGCUUUCAGAUUUGCAAAUUUAUCAGGAUUCUUUUGAGCAUAGAUUUUUGGAAGAAACCAACCGUCUCUACGCCGCAGAAGGACAGCGGCUUAUGCAAGAAAGAGAGGUCCCAGAAUAUCUCCAUCAUGUCAAUAAACGCUUGGAAGAAGAAGCAGACAGGAUUAUAACUUACCUGGAUCAAAGCACUCAGAAACCUCUAAUCGCCACUGUAGAAAAACAGUUGCUAGGUGAACACUUAACAUCCAUUCUACAGAAAGGUUUAAAUCAUCUCCUGGAUGAAAAUCGAAUUCAAGAUUUGUCACUACUCUAUCAGUUGUUUAGCAGGGUCAAAAAUGGAGUGCAGGCUCUCUUGCAGCAGUGGAUUGAAUACAUAAAGGCAUUUGGUAGCACCAUUGUCAUUAAUCCCGAAAAAGACAAAACCAUGGUCCAGGAGCUGCUAGAUUUCAAGGAUAAAGUGGAUCACAUCAUCGACAUCUGUUUUUUGAAAAACGAGAAGUUUGUCAACGCCAUGAAAGAAGCUUUUGAAACGUUCAUCAACAAACGACCCAAUAAACCAGCUGAACUCAUAGCUAAAUAUGUGGAUUCAAAACUUCGGGCGGGCAACAAAGAAGCCACUGAUGAAGAGCUUGAAAAAAUGCUGGAUAAAAUAAUGAUCAUCUUUAGAUUCAUCUACGGUAAGAGCUGGGCUUUGUUUGUAAUAUUGAUAUAUUUUAAUCAUAACAUAACAUCUGCCAACAACCGCUUUAAACUUCAUUAUAUGCAAAAUCAGAAUGUCCCCGGUAACAUUGAACUCACCGUGAAUAUCUUGACUAUGGGCUACUGGCCUACGUACGUGCCUAUGGAGGUCCAUCUACCGUCAGAGAUGGUGAAGCUGCAGGAAAUAUUUAAGACUUUUUAUCUGGGAAAACACAGUGGCAGGAAACUUCAGUGGCAAUCCACAUUAGGACACUGUGUAUUGAAAGCUGAAUUUAAAGAGGGCAAGAAAGAGCUCCAGGUGUCUUUGUUCCAGACCUUAGUGCUACUCAUGUUUAACGAAGGCGAAGAAUUCAGCUUAGAAGAAAUAAAACAAGCAACUGGAAUAGAGGACGGAGAGCUAAGGCGGACCCUCCAGUCGUUAGCCUGCGGCAAGGCCCGAGUACUGGCGAAAAGUCCCAAAGGCAAAGACGUGGAAGAUGGAGACAAAUUCACUUGCAAUGACGACUUCAGGCAUAAGCUGUUCCGGAUAAAAAUCAAUCAGAUCCAGAUGAAGGAAACGGUAGAAGAACAAGCGAGCACUACAGAGAGAGUCUUCCAGGAUCGUCAGUACCAAAUUGAUGCCGCGAUAGUGAGAAUCAUGAAAAUGCGCAAGACACUUACCCACAAUCUGCUUGUCUCUGAAGUGUACAACCAGCUGAAAUUCCCAGUAAAGCCCGCUGACCUUAAGAAGAGAAUAGAAUCUUUAAUUGACAGAGACUACAUGGAAAGAGACAAGGAGAACCCCAAUCAGUACAACUACAUUGCAUAAACACACAAUGAGCCUUUUUUUCCUUUUCUGCACACUGAUGUUCUUGGUUACUGAUGGAUAAACGAGCCUGUUGAUCCCAUUAAAUUAACCUUUUUCUACUACCAAUGACUGAAUGAAAGCAGCCUAAUGGGAUGAUGGGCAAGGGGGGAAAGAAAUAUAGUCGAGUGGUCUUUUUUCAGUGGCUUUACAUGCCUGUUUAAAGAGUAGUAUUUACAUUUUUACAAAGAAUGCUGUUGAACUCUUUGCAUGAUAUUUGGUAUGAACUGCAGAAGAUUGUAAGCAAGUAUCUGGUCUCUUUAAUUCCACCCGUUCCUUCAGGUCUAAAGGGACAGUCUCUUUAGCACAUCGCUCUCCUCCCAUUUUGAAAAAACAAAAUGUGUAGCGAUUUUAUUAAGCAAACGAAGCCCCAAGUU